AUGUCCCUAGAAGGGCAUAAGAGGCAGAUGCAAUGUAUUUGGUGGAUGCUAGUGAUCGUUCCUGUGGUGUCAGCUGGGAUCGCUUGUCUUGCCAACCCGUGCUUACACGGCAUUUGUCUCGACGAUCUCAAUAGUACCUAUUCCUGUUAUUGUAUCGACGGUUACACGGGGGUCCAGUGUCAGACGAACUGGGAUGAAUGCUGGUCUGGCCCGUGUCAGAAUGGGGGCACGUGUAUCGACGGUGUGGCUAGCUACAAUUGCUCUUGUCCUGAAGGAUUUAUAGGAGACAGCUGUGAGACCAAUUACAAUGAAUGUGAGUCUAACCCGUGUCUAAAUAAUGGCACAUGCAUCGAUAUGACGAACGAGUACGUAUGCCAUUGCAUACCAGGGUUUUCUGGAGAACACUGUGAACUAGAUGUGGCCGUAUGCAACUCCACUGAAGAAGUCCGAUGCUAUAACGGAGGGGAAUGCAUUGAAGGGCCUGGCUAUAAGUUUUACUGCAAAUGUUUAGCAGGAUGGGAGGGUACAAAGUGUGAGGAACAAAUCGACGAAUGUCAAUCGAAUCCCUGUAGGAAUGGAGGAAUAUGUAUCGAUGCACAUGCUGAUUAUAUGUGUGCUUGCACUUAUGGUUUCACAGGCAAGAGUUGUGAGGUUCAAAUAGAGUUUUGCGAUGAGGAUUCAUGCAGUAACAAUGCUUUGUGCGUCGUUGAAGAUGGAGUAAGAAUUUGCUAUUGCGUACCUGACUAUCAUGGAGAAAGAUGUGAACUGCAAUACGACGAAUGCUUGCUGGGACCCAGAUGUAUGAACGGCGGUACUUGCAUCGAUGGCGUUGAUAAUUUCACUUGCUCUUGUCCUCCAAGACUUACCGGAACUUUAUGUGAUUGCCUUAUUUUAGAAGACGGUACUUACGAAUGUGAAUAUGUCAGCCCUACACCAAGUUAUAAUGAAUCGCUAACUACAACAUUGUUUACUGAAUCUAUACCAAUCGACACUAUUUCAACGAUUGAUUAUACUAAAUACAAUACGAGUUCAGGUUUGACUACUUCGAUAACAAUAGUUCCAGGAACUAUGAAUUUUACAAACAUAGCUGAUACUACAACAGAAAAGUUUACAGGUGCUGUAACAACGGACACUACAGUCCUUAUAACCGAUUCAAGCAUGAAUGCAACUAAACCUGGUACAGAUAGAGAUUUGACAACAGUGAAAACAGAAUCAACUGUAUCAGAGGUACAAUCAACAUCAUUGAAAAUAGAUUCAAUAACAGAAAUAGUUACAGAAAUAACACGAGAAACCUUAGAAGUAGACAGUUCAAAGACAGAAGUUACUACUGAAUGUGCAGGUGCAUGUCUUAAAGUCAAUGUAUCAACUAUAGAUCUACCACCUCCUAUACUAACAGUAACAACCACUGAGACGAUUACAACUUCCAAGGAUAUAACAGAAUUACCAGCUCCUACUAUGCCCCAAGACAUGACGUCUGUAAAAACUACGAAAAGUGAAAAUGAUACUUCAUCUCCGAGAAUAAUGGAUACAACACCAUCAACGGGUACUACAACUCCAAGAGAUGUUACAACAGACAAAAUGUUUACAGAUACUCCCAUAGAUACAACACAUUCCACAGAUUUCGUGACAUUCAAAGCUUCGACCACUGAAACGACGGAAUUAACUGACGUAGAUGCUACUACACAGCUAUUGCCAACGUUUCAAUCGGAAUGUACCAAUUCAUUUUGCAAUAAUCAUGGGACUUGUAUCAAUGGUCUACACGGUAUCAGAUGUCACUGUGCUUUUAAUUAUGGAGGAAGGUUUUGUGAACAAAAAACUAUUAUUACAUCAGCUGCUUUCGAUGGAAAUUCUUAUAUAUCGCAUCACGUUAAAAACUCAACGUCAAUGAGUAUAGGUUUCAAUGCAAAAACACUAAUUACUGAUGGUCAAAUAAUGCACGUGGAUAUAGCUGAUGGUGCAUACAUGAAACUGUAUAUGGAAUCAGGAUUGCUUAAGUUUGAAUUUUCCUGCGGUUACCAGACAAUGUUACUGAGCGAGCUAAAAACUUACGUGAAUAAGGGAUAUUUGAUGAGAAUCGAAACAAGGUUAGAUCUUUAUCUAGAAGAGAAGCAUUGUAACGGCACGCUUCGACUAAACGACACUGUGGCUAUGAGUGGAGGACAAAUCGCCAACAUUAGCUCUAUUGAUAAUAGCACUGUGCUCUCUUUUGGAAAUACGCCGAAUAGUAAUACUACUUAUAGCAAACCCUUUGUUGGAUGUAUAAAAGAUUUGGUAGUCAACGGAGAGAAACGCGAAAUUUUUGACGACGCAGUCGAUGCAGCAGAAGUAACUGAAUGUUCAUCACUGUCUUGUUUAUCAUCACCGUGUAUAAAUGGCGGUACCUGUAGUGACAACGGCGAAAGUUACAAAUGUGCUUGUGCUAACGGAUGGAUGGGAGAUCACUGCAAUCAAUCUGUGUGCGACCACAAUCCCUGUCAAUCUGGAGGCAGCUGCGUUCGCCACCCUGGUAGUGGAUUCAUAUGCCAGUGUCCGUACGGCAAGCAUGGUAUUUUCUGCGAAUAUAAUGUGGAAAUAACGCGGCCGUCUCUAGCCCCAAUAGCAACAGGAAAAUCUUCAUACGUUAUUUACCCCCUAUCUUCUGCCGCCAUGAACUCGGAUCGCUUCGAUUUACGCCUACGAUUCCAGACUGAUGACAUGGAUCAAAUAUCUCUUCUGGCGUUUGUUGGACAAAGCGGAAGACAUGAUCCUAGAAGUCAACACUUGGCUGUGGCCUUCGUAAAGGGUUAUAUUAUGUUGACGUGGAAUAUGGGAAGCGGUCCUCGUCGAAUCUUUACUUCGCGAGCCCUCGGCCCUCGACGCGGGGGCCAUACUGUCCGAGUUUGGCGUCGCGGUCGAACAGCUAGCUUGCUCAUCGACAGCAGACAAAACGUCACUGGCAAUGCGCCAGCGCACCGGUCUAACAUGACAUUACUUCCUUACAUAUUUAUUGGUGGACACCCAUCCGAUGACUUUCUCGAUCUACCCCAUGACCUGCCUCUACAUACUGGAUGGAGGGGAUGUAUAUGGGAAAUAGGGGGGCAGGCUAUCGGCACUGGAAAGGCUGUAGGUGGACGAGGCGUUGGCCAGUGUGGAGUUGCACAGUGCACUGCUAAAUCCUGCAAUGCUCCUCGGGGAGUUUGCAUACACUCGCCAGCUACUUAUGGGUGCAUUUGCAACGAAGGAUGGUUCGGUGCGACAUGUGCCAGCACACAGAGUCCCUGCGACCGCUCUCGUAACCGCUGCCGAGGCGCCUGCGUCAUCUCUCUCGAUGACGCACAGUGUGACUGUCCUUACGGGAAAACUGGCCUCCACUGCGAACAAGAUUUGAUGCCGAUAGACCUGUUAUUCUCUGGAACACGGUCAUAUUUAAAAUUUUAUCCGCGUUCAAUAUCGAGCGUCAGUUUAUCUUUUGAGGCAGAAAUAAAACCAGCUAAGGAACGGGGUAUCGUGAUUUUUGUGCAAACACCACAUUUUUAUACGGCGCUCUCCCUCCAAGGUGGACUAUUGGAGUACCGGUGGACUGAUCAUCUGUCUGGAUUAACUUCACUGGUCAGAUCGGGUGUAGUGCUAUCAAUGUCCCAGUGGCACAGCGUGAAGUGUGGACGCUAUGGCAACCGACUGUACGUGUGGGUGGACGGUGCCUUAAGUACCGAACCGAUGUUAGCCCAUGCCUACCCUCACACGGCCAGCGAAGCUUCUAUAGUCCUAGGUGGUGCUCAAGAUUUGGCUGUAUUACCGUUCGACGUUAUGUCUGGACCCCCUGAGUCAUAUAGUGGCUGCUUUAGGAGUUUCCACGUGAACAAUAUACUGCUACCCUUGGAAGAACAAAACAUAGAAGAGGGCCAGAAUGUGGGAGCUUGCGAAGGAGCGGCAUGCAGUGGUACCAACAUAGGUAGUAGUGGUCUAAGGUGCCGACGUUCCGCUUGCCGCACAAACGAGUGUGGUUCGGGACGCUGCUACAGAGGACGAUGCUUUUGUCCCGCGGGACGAACCGGCUUGCAAUGCGAACAACAUAUAAACAUCACAAUACCACAAUUCGACGGUGAGGCUAUGAUGUCACUAAACCGCAUAGUUCCCGGGAGAAGUGAGCAGAUACUAAAUUCGGCGCCAUCUCGACCCUCCUACCUUGCCUUUAACUUCACCACAGCUGAUCCUAAUGGCCUGUUAUUUUGGAUCAAUAUGGGAAGCGAUUUUCUUGGUCUAGGCCUCGCAAAUGGCUACUUAGAACUUACGUGGUCUCUACACUGCAAUAACUCGAGUAAACGAAAAUCAGAAUACUUCCCGCUGCCCCCCAAACUGCUAUCUAGUUUGGUUCAAGCUGGGUUCAUGGCAGAUAGCGAAUGGCAUUCGAUAGUGCUGACACUGGUUAAUAAUAUCACCUUGAUUGUCGAUGGAAGGUCCUACAUAGAGGAGCAGUGCUUGAGCGAGAAGGAUUAUGAAGAUUUGGAUUUAUAUGUUGGGGGUGUUUCCAACGAAGACAUUAUUGCCCGAAAAAUAUUCCCCCAGAACUUCAAGGGCUGCAUCGACAAAAUUUCAACGAGAGAACACACCUUUUUGAUCAACUACACAGAAGUGUACAGCGAAAACGUGCGAUCAUGUCAAUUGUUUCCCACUUUAUAG